AUGUAUGCAUUGUCGCGUAGUCACCAGGUCCAGCCGACAAGCGUUCUGCGGCUUUCCGCGUGCACUUGCCGUUCGUUUUCAGCCUCGGCUCAUCUUUCCCGUUUCGAGCCUACUCUACCACGCGUCGCAGUCCUGUACCAAGAGCUCGACCCACCUCUCAUCAACGGCAUCAGGAAGCCGAAGAAGCCUGGAGGCUACAAAGACUCGGGAGCAGACAUCGCAUAUGUCUUAAAGUAUCGCUGCGGGCUGGACGUUGUAACGCCUUCAUCGUCACCUGAUCCAUGGAAUGAUGCGGAUUGGGUAUUCGGGGACACGGAAUCUAGUAUACUGUCUGCCGUCAAUCAAAGAGCAACGCAUCUCUGGGCCAACACAAUCCUCUUCGCCAACCAUCCUUUACAGACGUCUAAGAAGCUCAAUGAGGCAGCAAAACAUCUGAAAAUCGUAGGCCAGCCGCCCAAGCUGGUGGAACUUUACGAUGACAAGAAUUACGUCAAUGAACUCUUGAGGUUGAAAGGAGGCUACAAGCUGCCUUCAGCGCAACUUGUUCGAAAUGAGGAUGAGCUUGCAAACGUGCUUUCAUCGCGACGGCAGUUUCCCGUUGUAGGUAAACCGGUUCGCGGGCGGGGUAGCCACGGCGUAAAAGUAUGUCGAACAGGAGAAGAACUCCACAACCACUGCAAAGAUCUACUUAGCCAACAGUCUUCUGUCAUCGUUGAGGACUAUCUCCCAGGAGUGGAGGGGACCAUCACCGUGAUGCCUCCUUCCCAAACCUCGGGAAUCAGUGAUUACUGGGCGAUGCCCGUAGUCGAGCGAUUCAACCACGCGGAUGGCAUCGCUCCCUACAAUGGUGCUGUAGCUGUUACGCAGAAUUCGCGACUCGUGACAGCCGAAGAGCACGAGCGAGAUCCAAAUUACGGAGACAUACAACGUCAAUGCGUCGAAGCUGCGACACUACUUCAGACGACGGCGCCAAUUCGAGUCGAUGUCAGACGAAUCAGCGAGGCCAAGUCUUCACCAUUCGCCUUAUUUGAUGUGAACAUGAAACCUAAUAUGACAGGGCCAGGCCGAAAGGGACGGGAAAAUCAAGCGAGCUUAACAGCAUUGGCAGCUGCUGGCGUGGGAUGGGACUACCCGACACUGUUGUCAAAAAUACUGGAAUCCAGCAGCGCAUUGCACGAUCUGAGGAAUGUCCAUCCACCGAAAUAG